CCCGAAUAUAAGAAACGACGUAAGCGAAGGUGCGAGUUAGCUGACUUUUCGGAAGUUUAUUUUCUUCUGGGGAGGGUGAUUCAGGGAUUCAGCAGCAGCAGCAGCGUAGGAGUGGCGUGUAACAGCCGCGCUGAUCCCAUUUCCUCUCGGAGUUGGGAAGUUUGGUGGAGCGGAGGAGCACGGGCGAACGGGAGGGAUAAAACGACGGAGUAAAAAAAAAAAAAACUUUUCACGAAAACUUCAAAUCUGAACUUUUUUUGUUCAUUAGGGUUUCGUUCCAGGGGGGAAAAAAAAAUCGCAACAUCGGAAGCGGCGUGUGUUUCAAGAUACUGGAUUAACAUGACGAGCAUUAACACAGCGAACAUUAACUUCAAAUGGGACCCAAAGAGCCUGGAGAUCAGGACUUUGGCUGUGGAGAGGCUGCUGGAGCCCUUGGUCACCCAAGUCACCACUCUGGUGAACUCCAGCAACAAAGGCCCGUCGAACAAGAAGAAAGGGCGUUCCAAGAAGGCCCAUGUUCUGGCUGCCUCAGUGGAGACGGCCACGCAGAACUUCCUGGAGAAGGGGGACAAGAUCGCCAGGGAGAGUCAGUUUUUAAAGGAGGAGCUCACGGCUGCGGUAGAGGACGUGCGCAAGCAGGGAGAAUCGAUGAAGACCGCCUCUGGGGAGUUUGCAGAUGACCCCUGCUCAUCUGUGAAGAGGGGGAACAUGGUGCGAGCAGCACGUGCCCUUCUGUCUGCUGUUACUCACCUUCUGGUCCUGGCUGACAUGGCGGACGUCUACAAGCUGCUGGUGCAGCUGAAACUGGUAGAGGAGAAUCUCGUGAAGGUUCGCAAUGCUGGCACAGAACAGGAGCUGGGGAUACAGUACAAGGCAUUGAAACCUGAAGUCGAUAAACUGAACAUGAUGGCAGCCAAAAGACAACAGGAACUCAAAGACGUUCACCACAAAGACCAGAUGGCAGCAGCCCGUGGGGUCCUUCAGCGGAACAUCCCCAUGCUGUAUACCGCCUCCCAGGCCUGCCUGCAGCACCCUGAUGUGGCAGCGUACAAGGCCAACCGGGACCUCAUCUACAAGCAGCUCCAGCAAGCGGUGUCGGGGAUCUCCAACGCCGCUCAGGCCACUGCCUCUGAAGACUCGGCCCUGAGCCAACCCGGAGGGGGAGGCGAGCUGGCGUACGCACUCAAUAACUUUGAUAAACAAAUCAUUGUGGACCCUGUGAACUUCAGUGAGGAGCGGUUCAGGCCUUCCCUGGAAGAGAGGCUGGAGAGCAUCAUUAGUGGUGCGGCGCUAAUGGCCGAUUCGUCCUGCACACGUGAUGACCGAAGGGAGCGCAUUGUGGCAGAGUGUAAUUCGGUGCGACAGGCCUUGCAGGAUCUGCUCUCGGAGUACAUGGGCAAUGCUGGCAGAAAAGAGAGGAGUGAUGCCCUUAAUUCAGCCAUCGACCGGAUGACUAAAAAGACACGUGAUCUCCGCAGACAGCUGCGUAAAGCAGUAAUGGAUCAUGUGUCGGACUCGUUUCUGGAGACCAACGUUCCCCUUCUGGUGCUCAUCGAAGCUGCAAAAAACGGCAAUGAGAAAGAAGUGAAGGAAUAUGCCCAAGUGUUCCGUGAACAUGCCAAUAAGCUGAUUGAGGUUGCCAACCUGGCUUGUUCCAUUUCCAACAAUGAAGAAGGCGUGAAGCUGGUUCGUAUGGCUGCUUCUCAACUGGAAACUCUCUGCCCACAGGUGAUUAAUGCAGCCCUAGCUCUUGCUGCAAAGCCAAAUAGUAAAGUGGCUCAAGACAACAUGGACCUUUUCAAAGACCAGUGGGAGAGGCAAGUUCGUGUGCUGACUGAUGCUGUUGAUGACAUAACUUCAAUUGAUGACUUCUUGUGUGUGUCUGAAAAUCACAUUUUGGAGGAUGUGAACAAGUGUGUGAUCGCACUCCAGGAAAAAGAUGUGGAUGGACUGGAUCGCACUGCGGGAGCCAUCAGAGGGCGAGCAGCCAGAGUGGUCCAUGUGGUCACUUCGGAGAUGGACAACUACGAGCCUGGCGUCUACACUGAAAAAGUUCUGGAAGCCACCAAGCUUUUGACUGAUACAGUGAUGCCCCGUUUCAGUGAACAAGUGGAGGCAGCAGUAGAGGCCCUGAGUGCUAACCCAGCUCAGCCAGUGGACGAGAAUGAGUUCAUAGAUGCCUCACGCCUGGUGUACGAUGGUGUGCGCGAUAUCAGGAAGGCCGUGCUCAUGAUCAGGACCCCAGAAGAACUGGAUGAUUCUGAUUUUGAGACUGAGGACUUUGAUGUAAGGAGCAGGACCAGCGUGCAGACAGAGGACGACCAGCUGAUCGCUGGACAGAGUGCUCGGGCUAUCAUGGCACAGCUGCCCCAAGAGCAGAAAGCCAAGAUUGCAGAACAGGUUGCCAGUUUUCAGGAGGAAAAGAGCAAGCUUGAUGCUGAGGUGUCCAAAUGGGAUGACAGCGGAAAUGACAUCAUUGUGUUGGCGAAGCAGAUGUGCAUGAUCAUGAUGGAAAUGACUGACUUCACCAGGGGGAAAGGGCCGCUGAAGAACACGUCUGAUGUGAUUAGCGCGGCCAAGAAGAUUGCAGAAGCUGGGUCAAGAAUGGACAAGCUGGGCCGUACCAUUGCCGACCACUGCCCUGAUUCCGCCUGCAAACAGGAUCUGCUGGCCUACCUGCAGCGCAUUGCCCUCUAUUGCCACCAGUUGAACAUCUGCAGUAAAGUGAAAGCAGAAGUGCAGAAUCUGGGUGGAGAGCUGGUAGUGUCUGGGGUGGACAGUGCCAUGUCUCUGAUCCAAGCAGCAAAGAACCUGAUGAACACUGUGGUUUCAACGGUGAAGGCUUCUUAUGUGGCUUCCACCAAGUACCAGAAGUCCCAGGGCAUGCAGUCUCUGAACCUGCCGGCCAUCUCCUGGAAGAUGAAGGCACCCGAGAAGAAGCCUCUGGUGAAGCGCGAGAAGCAGGACGAUGGGCAGACCAACAAGGUCAAGAGAUCUUCGCAAAAGAAGCAUAUCAACCCUGUCCAGGCCCUCAGCGAGUUUAAGGCCAUGGAUAGCAUUUAACCUCUUAGGAUCUAUAUUUUGGCUAUCAGCGGUGAGAACAAGCGGAAAUGAGCAUUACUGUUUAAAUUUAGAACUGGGCUUGAAGUCUGUAGGGACGCAUUCUGAAAACAUCCUUGUUGUUUUUGUUGCUGAUGAUCGUCACCAUAAGCCUCACUGAUUUUUGUCCAGAUAAAGGGAAAAAUAUCAGUUCCUGACUCUCCUGCCUAUAUCUGAACAAUCUCUGUCUAAAAGCAAUAAGGUUUAUAGUUCAAUUUAAAUUUCCAUCUAGAAGUGCAUAAAGUGACUCUGGAAAUGCAGUUGUAAAACAGUAGCUACUGUAGGAUGUCUUGAAUAGGCUUUUCUGGAUUUAAUGUCAAACAUUUUUGCUUUCAGUUAAUUAAAAAUGCUUUAAUCACUGUGACCCUCGACCUGUCACAGCUUGCUCCAGUUUUCAAACUUUUAUCAUUAACCUUUUGAAUUCUAAUUUCUGUUGGGUCCAUAUGUUCGUUAACUAGGUAAACAAUCUUUUGUAUUCUGUAAUUAGCUAUAUUCUGAUCCUUUAGAUUAUAUACCUAAACAAACUCUACUGUUUGCCUUCUUUAUCUAUACAGAUUCCAGUAGAUUUAAUACAAAGGGUGUUACUAUUUGCUAAAUGCAGAAAAGUUUUAAAUUUGGUUUAAGAGUUGGAACCAAAGACCAAUUCCUUACUUUCGGUUUAGUACAAAUUAUAUCACUGCUGAAUUUAUUCUUGACAUGGAUACUGUAUUAAUAGAUCAAAAAGUUUUAAUUGUAUUCAUAAGGGUUACCAUAAAGAUUUUAAAUCAUUUUAAUAGGAAAUCUAUAUUUUACACUUUUGAUAUUUGAUAUCUAUUAAACGCUUCAGAUUAUCUUCAUACCAGUUAAUUACCAACUUAAAGCCGACAUGAUUUUCAGUGAUUUCAGCAAUCCUUAGACUUUAUAUAUUUGUCCAGACCAACCAAUGCAAUACUAAUUAUUUGAUUAUAUAAUGCUUUAAUUAUUUUUUUUCUUUGUAGAAUAUGGAACGUUUGCAGAUAAUACUCCGUGUUUUUUCUGCAUAAAGAGUUUUCGUGGCCUUGUUUAGAAAUGACUUUUUUUAAAUGAAAAUGAGAUGCAGGCUUUAGUUCAUGAAAGAAAGCUGUUGACAUUUGCAAGCCCAGAGCAAAGGAGAUUGAUGCAGGUUUCUCAUGUUGCAUUCCGAUAUUCUGUAUGUUUAAAAAUUGGCUACCUGCAUACGUCUCAAAUGAAAUUAACCAGUUAACAUUUAAGAGCGGUUGCUUACUUUUCCAUUAAACAUGCCGCUAUUUAAAACGUGCAGCGUUUUUAUAAUUUGGUUACCUUCAUCUUGGGAUAACUUGAUGCGCACUGUCAGAAAUGUGUUGGCUGUUUAUCUGCUAAAAAGGUUAAACAGUGCAUAAAUAGCAAAGGGGGGAUUUUAUCAGUUUAUACAGUGCUAAUGAGAUUCUCUACCUUAAAAUGUUUAGAUAAAAUGUGCUAUGUUUUACAUUUUAAAAAAACUUCCCUCUUACAAAUGACAAUCUUAUAGAGGUUUAGAAAUGUAUGCUUUGCUGUGACCAUUUUUUACAGAACCCGGAAUGCAUUUUGACUUAUUGCUGUGCAGUGUAUCACUUCUGUAUCCAUUUCCAUAUAUAUAAAGAAUAAAGUUUCUUUUCUAAUGUAGUAAUUA